AUCAUCCCGAACAAGAAUGUCAUUGUCAAAUGUAUGUUCACAUUUGUGUUGGUGUUGGAUUUGAACAUCGAAAGUAUCAUCGUGAUUGCUCAUUGCUACAUCACAAUUCACGUGUUAUCGCUGGUACACAAUUAUUAAGUAAUUAUAACGUAACUAUACCAUUUGAUGUUCGAUGGCCUGUAAAG